GUGACCAAUAAGUCCCGUGGCCCCUUGCUCCGCCCAGGGUGAAUCUGAGCUUUAAGAACUGUAACUUCAGAUGAAGAAACUUGAGCCCGGGGAGAGGGAGUGACCACCCCAGUCACCUGGUGUGGAGCUGGGACCCCCGUGUGGGUGGGCAGCGCACGGCCCCUCCCUCUUCGACUUGGUUUGGAGUUGGAGUCCCUUGCAAGUUGCAGACCUCCAAUGGCUGACCAGAGAAUGGACAUUUCUUCGACAAUCAGUGACUUCAUGUCCCCAGGCCCCACCGACCUCCUCUCCAGCCCCCUCGGCACCAGUGGCAUGGAUUGCAACCGGAAGCGGAAAGGCAGCUCCACCAACUACCAAGAAAGCAUGGACACAGACAAAGACGACCCUCAUGGAAGGUUAGACUACACAGAGCACCAAGGAAGGAUCAAAAAUGCAAGGGAAGCUCACAGUCAGAUUGAGAAGAGGCGUCGGGAUAAAAUGAACAGUUCCAUUGACGAGUUGGCUUCCCUGGCGCCCACGUGCAACGCCAUGUCCAGGAAGUUAGAUGAGCUUACCGCGCUGAGGAUGGCCGCUCAGCACAUGAAGACGUUACGAGGUGCCACCAAUCCAUACACAGAAGCAAAUUAUAAGCCGACUUUCCUGUCAGAUGAUGAAUUGAAACACCUCAUUCUCAGGGCAGCAGAUGGAUUUUUGUUUGUCGUAGGAUGUGACCGAGGGAAGAUACUCUUCGUCUCAGAGUCUGUCUUCAAGAUCCUCAACUACAGCCAGAACGAUCUGAUUGGUCAGAGUCUGUUUGACUACCUGCACCCUAAAGAUAUCGCCAAAGUGAAGGAGCAGCUCUCCUCCUCGGACACGGCGCCCCGGGAGCGGCUCAUAGAUGCAAAAACUGGACUUCCAGUUAAAACAGAUAAAACCCCUGGGCCAUCUCGAUUAUGUUCUGGAGCACGACGUUCUUUCUUCUGUAGGAUGAAGUGUAACAGGCCUUCAGUAAAGGUGGAAGACAAGGACUUCCCCUCUACCUGUUCAAAGAAAAAAGCAGAUCGAAAGAGCUUCUGCACCAUCCACAGCACAGGGUACCUGAAGAGCUGGCCACCCACAAAGAUGGGGCUGGACGAGGACAGCGAACCAGACAAUGAGGGCUGUAACCUCAGCUGCCUUGUCACCAUUGGACGCCUGCAUUGUCACGUGGUCCCACAGCCGGUGAACGGGGACAUCAGGGUGAAAUCCAUGGAAUAUGUGUCUCGGCAUGCGAUAGAUGGGAAGUUUGUUUUUGUAGACCAGAGGGCAACAGCUAUUUUGGCAUAUUUACCACAAGAACUUCUAGGCACAUCAUGUUAUGAGUACUUUCACCAAGACGACAUAGGACAACUUGCAGAAUGUCACAGGCCAGGUAAGCUGGGCUGUACGAAAGGUUUUAAGGUUGAGCUCGAUAAUGUCACAUCCCUGCCUGAACCUAUGGCCUUUAGACUCCAGGCCUUUGACCAGUGUUCAAGGCCCUCCUCAGCUUCACCCCCACCAGGCCCUGCAACUUUUUUACAGACGAGAGAAAAGAUCACGACUAAUUGCCAGAAGUUUAAAGUCAAAGAUGGUUCUUUCAUCACGCUCCGGAGUCGAUGGUUCCGUCCCAUGAACCCUUGGACCGAGGAAGCAGAGUACAUCGUGUCAACCGACACUGCCGUCUUGUAA